GGUUUCUGAGACCACCACGCGAUGACUAGCGAUUGUCAGUUGCUUGCUUUUUGUGGGGAGGCGAACUCAUGAUGGAUCCUGAAGUGGAUUCCUAGUCUCCUAUUAGCUGACCAGAAUGACACCAAUUGGGAUGUUCCUGAAUCCCGUUUCUUCGCUCAAUGAUUGACACGACAAGAAAAGUUGGUUCCAUGGAACCUGAGGAUGAAGCAUGCUGCACGAUAGCAGAUGACGGGGGAAAGAAAACCUCAAAGGUAAGCAGCAUACUUGCUUGUAGGACGAACUCAGACAAUAAAAAAAGAAAAGGAGGGGCGCACAAGUCACGAGACCACCACCACCACCACCACCACCAUCUGAUUCUCUCCCUCUCGCCCUCCUUGCCCGCUCGCUGUCUCCUGUCUCUUAGUUAUCACUUUUUUUAUCACUUUCGUCUCUUUAGUUCGGUCAUUCCUCCAAAGCUCAAUUAUUGUCCGUCGACACGCUUGUGCUUCUGCAUACUCCGCUCAUGCAAAUGUACCUUUACCGUCGAUCGUCACAAGCUUGACAGCGCCACAAAUGAUGCACUGACAUUUUAGCCUCAGCCUCCAUCGUCAUGAUAGAGAAUCCACAGACUCAUCGGUCCUGCUCUGAAGCCAACAGACUACUAGAACCAUCCGCAGGCUGAAUUUUUUUCUUCAUAAGAUGGAUUUGACUGAAAC